AUGAUCACCGACUUCCUCACACCUGAACAUAUCACUCCCGAGAGGAUUGCGUAUGCCCUCUUGGGACUGCUGGCCGCCUACUAUAUCUUCCCGUACCUUCAAACAUGGCGUUUGAGUGACAUCCCCGCACCGGGCUUUGCUGCUUGGUCGAACUUCUGGCUGCUUCUGCAGACUCGUCUGGGUCAUCGUUUUAUCUCUGUCGACAACGCCCAUAAGAAGUACGGCAAGCUUGUGCGCAUUGCUCCUCGCCAGGUCUCGAUUGCCGAUGACGCGGCUAUCCAAGCUAUCUAUGGACACGGAAACGGUUUCCUCAAGGCUGACUUCUACGAUGCUUUCGUCUCUAUCCGCCGCGGUCUGUUCAACACCCGCGAUCGGGCGGAGCACACUCGCAAGCGCAAGACUGUCUCCCACACCUUCUCUGCCAAGUCGAUUGGCCAGUUCGAGCAGUACAUUCACCACAACAUUGAGAACCUGGUUAAGCAGUUGAGCCGCACCUCCGAGCUCCAGCGCAACCCCAAGAACGGAUAUGCCACUGUUGACGCCCUGAACUGGUUCAACUUUGUUGCCUUCGACAUUAUCGGUGAUCUCGCUUUCGGUGCUCCGUUCGGCAUGCUCGACAAGGGUCAGGACAUUGCCGAGAUGCGCAAGUCGCCCGACGCUCCUCCCCAGUACGUCCAGGCCGUUGAGGUUCUGAACCGCCGCGGUGAGGUCUCUGCGACCCUCGGAUGCUACCCUGCCCUGAAGCCCUUCGCCAAGUACCUACCCGACCGCUUCUUCCGUGACGGUCUCGAGGCCGUUGAGAACCUGGCUGGUAUCGCUAUCGCGUGUGUCAACGAGCGUCUCAAGCCCGAGGUCAUGGCCAACAACACCCGUGUCGAUCUUCUCGCUCGCCUGAUGGAAGGAAAGGAUGCCAAUGGCAACAAGCUUGGCCGUGCUGAGCUUACCGCCGAAGCCCUGACCCAGCUGAUUGCCGGCUCUGACACCACCUCCAACACCUCCUGCGCCAUCCUCUACUACUGCCUCAUCACUCCUGGUGUCAUCGACAAGCUCCACGAGGUUCUCGACGAAGCUAUUCCUAAGGACAUCGAAGUUCCUACCCACGCCAUGGUCAAGGAAAUUCCCUACCUGCAAUGGGUCAUUUGGGAAACCAUGCGCAUCCACAGCACAUCGGCCAUGGGUCUCCCCCGCGAAAUCCCAGAAGGCAACGCACCCGUCGAAAUCAGCGGCCACAUCUUCAAGCCCGGCGACGUCCUCUCCGUACCCACCUACACCAUCCACCACAGCAAGGAGAUCUGGGGCCCCGACGCCGACGACUUCGUCCCCGAGCGCUGGGACCCUGCUCGCCUCACUGCCCGCCAGAAGGCCGCGUUCAUCCCAUUCAGCACGGGCCCCCGUGCUUGUGUUGGCCGCAACGUCGCGGAGAUGGAACUCCUUGUCAUCUGCUCCACUGUCUUCCGCAUGUUUGAUUGGGAGUUGCAGCAGAAGGGGCCUAUGGAAACGCGUGAGGGCUUCUUGAGGAAGCCUGUUGGUUUGCAGGUUGGUGUUAAGAGGAGGACGGUUGUUUAG